UUGAUCCUGGAUUUGCUCGUCUCCAAGUAUGACAAAUCUGGUGGAAUGAAUAAGGCCAUUGAAUACGAUAACUUCAUCGAGUGCUGCCUCACUGUUAAGGGGCUAACUGAGAAAUUCAAGCAGGCGGAUACUUCACGUUCAGGCUCGGUUAUGUUCACUUAUGAGUCCUUCUUGCUGACCGUUUUGCCUUUCCUCAUCGCUUAAACGCAUGUAAAACAGCAACAUACCCGGUGUAAUUCUAUGGAAUCGCGUAGCGGCAUGUGAAUUUUACAAUUGCAAGUGGUGGUGUUAUGAUUUUCCAGCUUUGAUUCCAUUUAUUUCAGUAGAGAUAUGUUUGCUUUUGUUGGUUUUGUAAUACAAUUUUCAGGAUGCUCAAGUAAAAUCACUUGUCUAUCA